AUGGCAGAAGCAGAGGACACGAGGACAGGAGAAGAGAGGAAAGCAGGAGAGGAGAGGAGAUCAGCGAACAGAGGAGAAGCGAGGGGAAGGAGCGAGCCGAUCGGAGAAGAUCGGUGCAUUUACCCAGUUGUUGAAGAGAAGUCGGCCCAGAAAGAGCCGUCCGUGCAGGCAUCCUGUGGGUUCGUGGACAAGGAGGGAAACGUAGAGUCGAUCCCUGUCUUCACAUUCAUCGAGAACAAAGACAUCUCUCCCAUCUUUCCUGCACCUGCCCCGCAGAAUCUUGAAGAGCAACCGCCAUUGCAGGACCUCCAGCGAGAAGGGACCUGCCGACUCGGGGAGAUGCGGAGUUUAGCUCCAGUACCCUCCUCGACUAUCUAUGACCAGUCUCGGUCUCGGUCUCCGACCCAGCGGCCCAUCUCCUCUUACCCCGGGAUGCUGUCCAACUUCAACAACAGCAAGAUUCCUGACGGACGCUCCCUCCCUACCCCCCCGGGGGAACCGCAGCGAUGGCCACCGAACCUUGUUAUCAAUCAGCCUAGAGGUAAUCUUGACCUGGACCCGACCAGAGGCGGCAGCCAGCCGUCGAGUCAGCAAUCGAUGUUUGAAGAGCGAGACGAGCAGAGAAACAAUGGCUCGUACGCAUACAGUCGCUCCAACAGCUCUCCCGUUCCUCAGCGCCCGCGAGCGUACUCAGACUUGGAGUCUUCGGAAGUUGGCGGCGUCGACCCCCAGCUGGCAGCUGGUAUGGUGCCAACCUCAGAUGGAGAGAUGAUCCAAGCGGAGCCGAUAGAGAGGCUUGUAUGCAAGGAGAUCGACCCCGUUCACUUCUGCAUGCUCGUCUCCCAUCCUACGUCGGACGAGAUGGGAUGUUUGAUCACUUUGAAAGCCGCAUCAGGCAGCUCAGGGCUGGCGCUGGAUCACUCAGGACUUCAGUUGGCGUCCAAGAGUGGAUCUGAAGCCGCUACAAUCAUGAGCGCAAGGCAGUGUGCUCUGUUCCGUCGAGGCCUCGCGCUCGAGCUCGAGUUUGUGAACCAUCAAAUCUACAUGAAGAAUGUCCAGAUCCGCAGAUUUCAGAUUUUGAGGGAGGAUUUCUCUGUCCACAACGGCACGUUGAAGCCAGACGGCUCGUUGAACCGACCGGUUCUGUUGAGAAGAUACCGGCACAUUAUCAACGACAUGUACUCUCAUGAAGCAAGGUACCCUCACAAGUGGAUGGAGGACGAUGACAACUUUGACAACCACUACUACGUUAUCCUUGCUUCUGCAGCAGCAGCUCGUCCACUGACUAGCAGCUUCUUGCAGAAUUCGAAUAGACAGUCUCCUCUUAGCACUCCUUCAAAGAGCAGACAAGUGAACAACCGUUCGACAUCACCGUACCUGGAUCAUCGCUCGCAGGAGUUGUCACAGGUCCAGCAGCAGCUUCAGGAGCUUGACAUCCAGGUUGCCCGCCAUCUCCAGAUGUUAGAGCAGAGCGACUCUCGUCAGGCCUCUGACGUCAUGGGACGGACCCCUGAGCUCGAACAGGCCAGCUUCUCUACCGGCCUUCCUUCUCCUCGGUCGGGUCCUCUCGUCCCCCGCGGCUUUCGCUCGCGCUCGCCCUAUCGGAGGUCCAAGUCCCCGAGGGAGAGGCUACCAGAGAUGCCUGAUGGGAAUGAGAGCCACGCCACCUCUUCCCGCGGGAGAUACUCUCCUCGUUUCUCUGCCAACAACUUCUUCCCCUUUGAUAAGACUCCGUCAAGCUCCACAGCAGGCAGUGGCUUCAUGGGGCUGCCGCUGGGAGGAGCAAGCUUCUCAGUGCUAGAGAUGGUCCCCAGACCUUCUCACCGCCCCCCUGAUUUCUGUGUUUGA